UCAACAUCAGCGUCAACAAGCUCGGUGGCGAAAUUCCAGCUUCUGUUUCUAAUUGUUCGUCUCUAGAGUCCCUUGAUUUGAGUCGAAACAAUUUGGUCGGCGAAAUCCCAAGAGGGAUAAAUAUGUCUCGGAACCAACUCACUGGCCAAAUACCUGACGGAAUACCCGCCAUGGAAACCCUUACAACUUUGGAUCUCUCUUAUAACAAUUUCACCGGUAGAAUCCCAACCAGGGGUCAUUUUCUGGACAUUGCCUCGUUUCGUGGGAACCCCUAUCUCUGUACCAACGUCUCACGCCCGUGUUCCUUCAUUAACAAGAAAUCUCAAGACCACAAUGUGUUUGGUUCCUCCAGGCUCGGUCUUAUGAUCAUGGUUGGACCUGCGGUUCUCGGUUCCCUACUUAUCCUACUUCUGGUAUUCCUACUGAUAAAGGUUUGUACAGGAAGAAAUAUUCAAAAAUCUAGUGGUUGGAGGUUCACAUUGUUCCAGCAGCUCGACCUCAAAGUCGAGGACUUGCUACAGUGCUUAAAGCAAGAGAACAUUAUAGGCAAAGGUGGUGCUGGGGUUGUCUACCGGGCAACCAUGCCAAGCGGCCUCGUCAUAGCAAUCAAACAGCUAGUAGGAUCAUCAAGUAAUACAGCAAAAACGGAUCAUGGAUUUGCAGCGGAAAUUAAGACGCUGGGACGAAUCAAACACCGAAACAUAGUGAGGGUUUUGGGAUACAUGUCGAACAAUAAGGACUCUAAUUUGUUGUUGUACGAGUACAUGCCUAAUGGUAGCUUGGGAAAAAUAUUGCAUGGGGAAAAUGGAGGGGAGUUGCAGUGGGAGAGGAGGUAUAAAAUUGCAGUGGAGGCUGCAAAGGGAUUGUGUUAUCUGCACCGUGACUGUUCACCCCUGAUUAUACACAGAGAUGUCAAGUCCCAUAACAUCUUGUUGGAUUCAAACUUUGAGGCUCAUGUUGCUGAUUUUGGGCUCGCCAAGUACUUUCAUGGAGUAGCAGCUGAUUGCAUGUCUUCAGUUGCUGGUUCCUUCGGUUACAUCGCCCCAGGGAGGAAAGCAGUGAUGAACUAUGAAGACGCUAUAAACAUAGUGGGUUGGGUGAGGAAAACUACCAAGUCGUUGUCCAGUUCAUCAUCGGUACUAGCAGUGGUGGAUCCAAAUCUCGCCGGAUACCCCUUGGCGGCUGUCAUACAUUUGUUCAAACUGGCAAUGCUGCGUGUCGACAACGACAGCUCUGCAAGACCUACGAUGAGGGAAGUAGUUCACCUGAUCAGUAAUCCUCCUACAUAG